GGUUCCUUUUUUUCCCUCCGAUACUACUACUACUGCGCUUGUGUGUAAACGACAAUUUGUCGUUCGAGUUAAAAGAAUUCCUCUCGACAUCGGUAGUCGCGUACCGACCGGCGGCAAAAAGAGGACGAACGACUCCACUGUAGAAGAGACCGCAGAGAGAGAGUGGUCCCCCUUUCGUCGUGCCUCCCCCCCUGACCCGCGCCCGAGGCUCCACCCAUCGGGAAGAGUCGCAAAAAUCGGCGGUCAGAAAGAACUCGGCAGCCGUCAAAUUAUUAUUAUCACCUGCGCCUCAUACCGCGCUGCUACCGGAUUUUUGAAAACGCGACCGGUGUGGUACAUAGUAGUUGUUCAACCACGUGUGGACUUGCGGGGUGGUGGUGCCCGGUUUCAGUGUUGGUGCGAGACUACCCGGGAAAGUGCGCGGAUUGUUUUGAGUUUGUCCCGCGGGGAAGCGCCCCCGGUUGCCAUGCUGUCGGGCGACGCUAGACAGUGAGAGAGCACCGCGACUGGGACACUAUGUCCCAGUUUGGAUUCCGAACAUCGCCGAAUACUCAGAGCGCAGUAUCGUCGGGACCAAGCCAAACCUCACCCCCACCACCAGCGAGCGGCAUGGCCGUGACGUCAUCAGCGCCCAGUUCGGGCAGUCCGCCCGCGCCUGCGCAGAGGUGCUGCGAUACCGGUCGUCCUAUUUUUACCGACCCGUUGACGGGACAAAGUGUAUGUUCGUGUCAGUAUGAACUGUUGGGUUACCAGAGACUUGCGGGGGCAGCGGUGCCCGGCUUGCCCGCCCUCUCGAUGUAUUCGGCUCCGUAUCCAGAAGGUAUGGCGGCCUAUUUUCCCGCGCUCGGCGCAGACCAGGCUCCCUUCUACACUUCCACGGCCGCUAGUUUAGAACUGAAGGAGAACCUCGCUGCAGGCGCGGCCGGCUGGCCGUACCCUUCAGUUUACCACCCCUACGACACCGCGUUCGCAGGAUAUCCCUUCAACGGAUACGGCAUGGAUCUGAACGGAGCAAGACGAAAAAACGCCACUAGAGAAACCACCAGCACCCUAAAGGCGUGGCUAAACGAGCACAAGAAGAACCCGUACCCCACCAAAGGCGAGAAGAUCAUGCUGGCGAUCAUCACCAAGAUGACGCUGACGCAGGUGUCCACUUGGUUCGCGAACGCGCGUCGGAGACUCAAAAAAGAGAACAAGAUGACGUGGGAGCCGAGGAACAGGGUCGAGGACGACGACAAUAACAACGACGACGAAGACCAAGACCACAAGAGCACCGAUGGAAAAGAUUUGCUCGGUACGGUGGUUGACCAAAACCGUCGCCUACGCGAAGCUAACUUUGCCGCUCUCGUUGCAGACUCCAAAGACUCUGGCACCGCUUCCAGUGAAGACGGCGACAGACAACCCCAUUCGCGUCUCGCUCCCGACACGGCCAGCGAGUGGAGCGAGUCCCGUCCCGAUAGCGGACCGGACAGCCCCGAGAUCUACGAAAGGCCGCCCCAUCCCGCUUUCCUACCACCCCGGACUUCAGGUUCCCCCCCUCAGCUUUCCGUACCGUCAGUAACAACGAAACCGAGAAUCUGGUCGCUAGCGGACAUGGCUAGUAAAGAGAGCAGCGAGACUCCUCCAAAUUCCACCGCGUCCACGUUGUACUCUACGGCGAGCGGACGCUUGGUACCUCCUUUGGGGAGUAGGUUGCCGCCCCCGAGCUUGCACACGGCUCCGUAUGCGAGACCUCACGACUUCUACAGGAGUUUCUACGGAUCCGCUGCCGCUCAACACUUGGUGAGCGGCGGCAGUGGGUCACCAGACGCCUCCCUGCUGGAAACGUAUCAGAAAACAUUGGCGGCCCAGCACAACGCGAAAACGAGCCUGGCUUCGGCCAUGACCGGUACCAGCAGCAACACGAGCGCCCUCGCGGGUAUCCCUCUGGGGUUGGCCACACAUUCGACCAGGAUGUCCCCGUCGUCGACGUCCUCGCUGUCGUCCGGCUCGGAGACGCCGCUGAAGCCGAUGGCCUUGAACAAGGCUUGAUCUUUGGCGAGUUUUUAGGCAUUAAUCUACCUCUAGAGGUGUAAUAGUAACGGUAAGAUUCGAAGGAGAGGAUUCUAACCGUUUUCUUCUAUUGAAAAACAAGAGCUUUAAAUAUUAUUUAUUGUGUACCCCGAUAUUCCUUCUGUCGAGUCUUACCCGCUCGGUAAAUACUUGACCAACACGGACAAUACGAAUAAUAAAGACAUCCCCCCUGUCCCUUUAGUAGUGUGCUGUACAGUAAUUGUGAUAUACCCGUCCCCGUCCCUCUUCCUUGGUUCGUGUAUAAAUAGAAGUUGUCGUUUCCACUCUUGUAAAUAGACAUGUAAGGAAACAUCCACCGUCGGUACCGCGCGUGGUACCGCUUGGACCGGCGGCGGAUAACGAUCCAGAAACGUAUCUUUGUAUCUAUAUGUAUAUGUAUCUAAAUAAUAGACUAGACGCGAUAUAUUUAAGAAUUAUUAUGAAUAUUGUAAACAUUUAAUAUACAUUUAAAGAAAAAUAUUACAAAUAUUAUGUGGAAAUUUAGCUGAAUACUUGUAAACGAUACCGGAAACUUAAUCACGAAUACACACGUCUCUAUCUAUCUCUCUCUCUCUGUCUUUCGCUCUCCGUCACACGGAUUCAGUUCGGGUUUGUUUAGUUCUAAUGACAUAUCGAAUAGUACCGGUUGAAGGCAAUGCCGUUCGUGUGUUGGAUGCUGCAAUAAAAUAUA